CUGACUACCUGGGAGCUAUGUCACCUGGAGCUCACCUUGCCGAACCUCAUUUUUCUUCACAUCAGGGACUCCUGGUCACUUCCCUCGUCCUGUUCCUCACGGAUGGAACACGAAGACAAACAGGGUGUGUGUGAAGCCCUGGACUCGGAAGACACAGGGAUGGGCUCUGAUUUUGAGAACUCUGAGGACAGGGAAGGGGACCCGGAAGAGCGAGAAAUGGGUUCUAACGUGCAGGACACAGACAAGAGAGGCGACUACCUGGAGCAGGAGGUGGGCUCCAACCCACAGGAUGAAGCUCCAAGACAGGACUCAGAGGAGCGGGAACUGGUGUCUGACCUCUGCACAGAGGGGCUGCUGAGUGAGGAAGAAGGGGUUGCUCUCCGAGAGGAAGAGAAUGACCGGUCUGGUGUAGCUGAGGUGGCAGUGUUCCCAGGACUGUCUGUGUCCGAUAACAUAUCCCGGAGUCCCCGGUGUCCACGGGAAGAGGAGGAGGAGAGCUCCUGCGAGAACCGGCUGGAGGAGGAAGAGGACCAGCCACCCCCGCCCGUGCUUCCCUGGAGGCGGCACCUCUCCCUGGGGAGUCGGCACCGGAGCGACAAGUCGGCCCACCGCCGCUUCCGCCGCCUCCACCACCCCAUGGCAAUGGACCUCGGGGAGCUGGACAGCCUGAUGGCCAGCAUCAUGGAUGCGCCCACCAUCUGCCCCGACUGUGGGGAGAGCUUCAGCCCGGGUGCCGCCUUCCUGCAGCACCAGCGCAUCCACCGCCUGGCAGAGGCGGCCGCAGCAGCCAGCCUGGAACCCUUCGGUCUGGCGGGGGAGUGCGGCGCGGUGGUGGGCGUGGCCGCGGGCUUCGGGGCGGGGCCUGCGCUGGCCCGACCUCCACGCGAGAAGCCAUUCCGCUGCGGGGAGUGCGGGAAGGGCUUCAGCCGCAACACCUACCUGACCAACCACCUGCGCCUGCAUACCGGCGAGCGGCCCAACCUGUGUGCCGACUGUGGCAAGAGCUUCAGUUGGCGUGCGGACCUGCUCAAACACCGGCGGCUGCACACGGGCGAGAAGCCCUACCCGUGCCCCGAGUGCGGCGAGGCCUUCAGCCUCAGCUCGCACCUGCUGAGUCACCGCCGCGCGCACGCGGCGGCCAGCGGAGAGGGACCCGCUGCGCUGCGGCCCUUCGCCUGCGGAGAGUGCGGCAAGGGCUUCGUGCGCCGCUCGCACCUGGCUAACCACCAACGCAUCCACACCGGCGAGAAGCCGCACGGCUGUGGCGAGUGUGGCAAGCGCUUUAGCUGGCGCUCGGACCUGGUGAAGCACCAGCGCGUGCACACGGGCGAGAAGCCCUACAUGUGCUCCGAGUGCGGCGAGACCUUCAGCGUCAGCUCGCAUCUCUUCACGCACAAGCGCACACACUCGGGCGAGCGGCCCUACGUGUGCCGGGAGUGCGGCAAGGGCUUCGGCCGUAACUCGCACCUGGUCAAUCACCUGCGCGUGCACACUGGCGAGAAGCCCUUUCGGUGCGGUCAGUGCGAGAAGCGCUUCAGCGACUUCUCCACGCUCACGCAGCACCAGCGCACGCACACGGGCGAGAAACCCUACACGUGCAUCGAGUGCGGCAAGAGCUUCAUCCAGAGCUCGCACCUGAUCCGCCACCGCCGCAUCCACACCGGCAACAAGCCGCACAAGUGCGCGGGCUGCGGCAAGGGCUUCCGCUACAAAACGCACCUCGCGCAGCACCAGAAGCUGCACCUGUGCUAGGUCUGGGCCUGAGGGAGGCUGCCCUCAGCCCAGCGUGUGGGGCGCAGAUGUCCUGGGGACAGACCCUAUAGAAAAAAAUGGGAAGGGGCGGGACGGACAAUCUGAGAGUGACUAGGGCUCUUUUGGUGCUAAGGGACCCUGAAGGGGAGGGUUGAGUAAGAGGUGUUCUUUGGGUUGCUAUAUUUUUGCCCGCCUCCUCCCCAAUGGAGAAAUGUUUGGGAGUUGUGCUUGAGCGUGCUGACUUCUCAAACACGCUGUCGGAGCAGAGCGGGCACUUUGAGGACCUUGAGGAAAGGGAGUUAGGCGGGAGGGGACGGAACCAGGAUGGCAGGAAUGGAGUAGGUGGGCUGGGAUGGCCUGUGGGAAUCAGGGGAGAGGGGGUGGUUGGAGUGAGGGUUACAGGGUAAAAUAAAGAGCCAGUGUGGAUAAUUCUGCCCUGUCCCCCCCACAACAGCUAUAGUCCCACGAAAAGUAGAGGAACCUAGCCAAUUCUGUAGGGAAGGAUAUAUUGUAUGCCCUUCAUUUCUCUGAGCCACAGUUAGCUGCUAUUUUGAGGCAUUCAGGGGAAACUGGGCAGAAAAGCAACACACCCUCAUUGCAAAGGUAAAACUUGGAAAUUCAUUCAUAACUGGUUGUCAGAUCUAGGAUAUACUGGUCCCACCCCUGAUUCGUUGCUACUUCCUUUGAAAUGUUCUAGCUUCUCUCUGGGUUAAGGUGGUCUGUGUGGGUGAGCAGACGCUGGCCCCUAGUGUCAGGUGUGUGCCUGGCUCCGGGUUUCUUUCAGGUCUCACUUGUGAUCUUUUAUGUGCAGGGAAAUGGAACAAGCCCAGCUCUGUGUGACUUUCCCUUUCCCAGGUCAGCUGGGUGCUCAUUUCAAGUGAACCUCAGACCAUCAACAGUUGCCCCAGUGACCUGCUGCAAAGGUCAACCAGCUCAAGAGUUUUGCUGGCCUUAUGUGAGAAACACAGGAAAGUGAAAGUUCACAUGUUGGAGUGCAAGUCUCCUUUGUCUCAUUUGCCUUCGUUUUGUGUCUUGCAUCCCUCCUCCUCCAUAACGACGGGGUGAUUAUGGAACCCCACCUCCACACAUAUUAAUCUGGGCUCUGGUCUGAGUAGAAACUUCUUUUUCCUACCCAAGGAGGCACAGUAGAAAGCUCCAGGCUUUAUACAAGGAGAGUACAAGCAGGGAGAGGUGUAAAUGCAAAAUUGCCAAAUAGCACAAGCAAUGAAUGUUUUCUGGUGGUUCCAUAAAUGCCAAACUAGCACUUUUAUAUUUGUAAAGUGCUUUAUGCUUUUUAAUGAUUGUUAGGUGUGUCUCACCUCUUUGGGAGGUGGAUCAGUGUUAUGACCACUGUCCUAGGGAAGGCCUGGGGACAGGAGUGCCGAAUGCUGUUCUGAGGAGAGGCUGUGACAGCGUGGGUAGGUGUGGUCCGGCCUUUUGUGCUCUCCAGCUCAGCUGCUAGGAAGACUUACCUGUUGUGAUUUAUAUUAUAAACCAAGGACACUGAAAAUUCAUAUGCUUGGUGGAAAAUUUAAGGCUAGUCUAGAAGGGCCAAAGAUGUCCUUGUUGACAAAGCUGGUCUUUGUCACAUAAUUAGGGUGUCCGAGGUAUGUUACCUUUCUGCUAGGGGUCUGUAGUUAGAGGACUUGUAUAGAUUUCAGGUACCUGUGCUGAAAGCCCCUCCCCUAGGCUAGCCUUUAGAAGUUAGAGUCGCAGAAGGCAGCCUGUUUUCUCCGGUAGUGAUUGUUACCCUGUACUUUUCACGGAAGCAUCUUCACAGACUGUUGGACACACAUGAAGGGGGAAAAAAAAAACCUACAAGUUUGUUUUUACAAUUUAGCAAAUUUUAUGGGGAUGCCAGUAAUUUAUACUUGAUCAGUUGUAUUCUAGCAAAGGACCUCUUUGGGGACUGUAGGAAAGCAUGUUUUUGUCAUUAUAAAAACACUUUAAAAAUCCUGAGAAUUAUGGGCUUGUAUAGUGCUUGUUAAUCUUGCCCUCUUAUCAGAUUAUUGUUAUUCAGAAAUGCAAAUAGAUUUUCAAAAUAUAGGUAGUUUUGGAAGACACUAAUUGUUUUUAAAUUUUCUUUUAGUUGAGAGUAAUAUGAGCAAAGCAAGUGUCCAUUAUUUAUUCUGAAUUUUAUAGUUUGACUACAAAGUGUAUGAGACUCACCUGAAAAUAAUAUAGCCCUUUUAUAGGUAAUCUUAUUCCUUUUUUUUUUUUCCAUGCACAUCUACCUCUUCCAGCUGUUUUAAGUUCUCUCAAGUCUGUGCCUAUGAAAUUUCAUUGAACUUUUGAUUCUUCUUGCGUUGACCAUCCACUUUAUGAGUUAGUUGGCCUUUGGCUGCCGUGGUUCUAAUAUUGCACAGUCUUGUCUGCAUCAAAUACAUUACAUAUUAGCAGCUUUUGAGAAAGGGUUCAACAGGGGGAGGAGAUUGAAGUAAUGUAAAAUAAUUUAGAGGCAGUGGAAAUCUUCAGAUUUCAUGGACCUCUCUUGUUCUUCCUGUUACUGUGGAUAAGAGUCAGCUACCACUUCAGUAUCCCCUCGGUGAGCAAACCCCUUAGAAGGAAACAGACCAACCAUCAAUACCCACUCUUAAGGUGCAUCUAAAAUGUGACUCCAUUUUUCUUACAAUCCUUCAGGGAACAUAUCUGCGUUUCUUGUGUUUAGUUUUAGAAUAAUAGUAGUUCUCGAGCAAACCCUGUUAACUGUGGUUCACCCUUACAGAUGUUAAUAUGAAGACUCCUUCUGCCAACGCAUUAAAGAAGGUGGAGGCAAGUGUAUCACUUGUUUCCGAGGAGUUUGGUCAAGUGCAGGCUGCCUCUACUGAGCAAAAUAUGGAGCAGACUAAAUAGGCGAAAUGGCUUGCUUAAAUCUUGAGCUCCAAGUGGGAAGGAGAAGAUGACAAGUUAACCCCUUGAGCCAUGUGGUCUCUUCAAGAUCAAGAGGCUGUACAUAUGUGAAAAAGUACAAAUGAGGAACCUAUGUUCAUAGACAAUCUGAACUGUGUUUCUGAUGUUUGUGCACACUUUCCUUCACUGUAAUGUUAUUUUACAGCUGUUUGUUAAAAUAGUGAAUAAUUUAAUGACCCUGAAAAUAACAGGUUUGUGUGUGUGUGUGUGUGUGUGUGUGUGUGCGCGCGCGCGCACGCUUGUGUAUGUGAGAUAUUUGCCUUAUUUUCAGGUUGUUUUAUUUAAUGAUGGUUCCCUGGACAGCAUUCUCGUGUUCAAGCAAACCAAUAUGGAAUAUUUGUCAUUAAAUCCU